GUUAAUAUUUUUUCUAUCAUUUUCUUCAUCUCGAAUUUUAUUAUACCACAUACGAAAAUAAAUUCGUUCGCUCGCGAUUUGUUUCUCUAUUUUUUUUUAUUUUCGUUUAUCGGCGAAAAAACAAAUGAACGAGAAUCUUUUAUCCUCUGUUCUAAAAGCUUACCUACGAUCGUGAAAAAGGGAAAAGAAAAGGUUAAUUAUUAAUAAAUAAUAUCCGUUUUCCUCUUAACGAAGGAAGGGAAAAAUUUGAUCGAAAUGGAGGGGGAAGAGGAGGAAAAGGGAGAGGCCGACGACUUGUAUAUCGAACCAUUGCCAUCCACCUUCGAGGAUGUAACAAAUGUUUUGACACAGACGGAGGCCGGUGAGUGCCUUCACACGUUGGGAAAAUGCGAAUCCGGGCUUGGCUACGCUUAUCUCGGCCUGAACGCGUCCAACAGAGAUCUGACGGACAUAAGGAUUAUACCUAUGUUCAAAUACGUGCUCUACGUGAACGUCUCCGGAAAUAGAUUGACUAACGAGGCUCUUCGCGUUCUCUCGUCCAUGAAAUAUCUUCUGAUGCUUCAAGCUGAUAAAAAUCAGGUGGAAUCCGCAGAAUUGGAUCCCAUGCCUUAUCUUCAGGUUUUAACAUUGAACAAUAACAAAUUGAACAGCACAUCGGGAAUCUCCCACAUGUCUCUCGAAUGUCUGGAAUUGAAUCACAAUAACAUAGAGGAGAUCACUUUGAACCCGUACGAUCUCGAGAACUUGAAGACUCUUGAAAUCGGUGGAAACAUUCUUACCACGACGAGCGGUAUAUUCUUUCCAGGAUUGAUACGAUUGUAUCUAGGGGAGAAUCAAAUAGAGAGGUUGGAAGGAUUAGAGAUAUUGGUCAAUUUGAAAAUUCUACAUCUGAGAAGCAACAAGAUAUCGAAUCUGUCCGGAUUUGACGCGCGAUGCGCCAAACUUAAUUAUCUGAAUCUACGAAACAACGAGAUAACAAAAAUUUCUGAGUUGGAAAAAUUAAGCUGCUUGCCGGCAUUGGAAACGCUGAUCGUUAUGGAGAAUCCCGUGAUAGGCGAGAGAGAAAUGGAAGAGGAAGCUGCUUAUAGGCAAAUUAUUUUGGCUAUGUUGCCUAAUUUGAUACGAAUCGACAAGGAUCCAGUGUUAUACGAUGAAAAGAAAGAGGCUAAAGAGUUUCGUAGACAAAUGCUUCAAGAUGGGACAACUUUCGCUGAUCUGGAUUAUAAUUUUUUGGCCAUGGGAUGAAACUAAUCAUAUUUGUUAUAUUCCUUAUCAAAUUAUUAAUAAUUAAAUUUCGAUAUAUAUGUGGAAUUUUUAAACGAUAUAUGUAGAAUUUUUAAACGAUAGAAAUUAAGGAAAAAGAUUCAUUUGGAUCGGAAUCGUUUCUUUA